AAUGAACACAUCACUUCAAUUACUUCACUUGAUUUUUGCAAGUAAGUAAGCAAGAAACCUUAAGCAACAGAAAUCCAAUAGUAAUAUUAUUACAAUGGAUUCAACUCAAACCCCCCAAGCAACAGAAUUGUUGCAAGCACAAACCCAUAUCUACAAUCACAUUUUCAACAACAUUAAUUCAAUGUGUCUCAAAUCUUCAGUUCAACUAGGCAUACCCGACGCAAUCCACAACCACGGCAAACCCAUAACCCUCCCGGAAUUAGUCUCAUCACUCAAACUUCACCCCGGAAAAACCGUUCCCUUAUACCGGCUCAUGCGCAUGCUCGUGUACUCCGGUUUCUUCGUCACCACGAAAACCGCGGACGGUCAAGAAGCCUACGACCUAACCCUACCUUCAAAGCUACUGGUAAAAUCUAACCCUAACUGUUUAUCAUCUUUUGUUCUUGCUCUUCUAUGGCCAGAUUACGUGGCGUCCGGCCAUUUCUUGGGAGAUUGGUUUAAAAACGACAAGCUUGAGGAUACGGUGUAUGAUCAAGCUCACGGAAUGGAGUUCUGGGAGUACAAUUCAAGAAACCCUGAAUAUAAUGAAAUUUUUAAUGAGGCCAUGGCUAGUGAUUCGAGAAUGAUGAACUUGGUGAUCGGUGAUCGAAAGGGUAUUUUCGACGGGUUGAAUUCGAUCGUUGAUGUUGGAGGUGGUAAUGGUUCUCUUGGAAAAGUUAUCUCCGGGAAUCUUCCGAAUUUGCAGUACACUGUUCUUGAACGUGCACAGGUUGUUGGUAGCUUAGAAGGUACUAAGAAUUUGAACUAUGUUGCUGGUGAUAUGUUCAAACAUGUCCCUUCUGCAGAUGCCACUCUUCUCAAGCUGGUUUUGCACUGUUUUAACGACGAGGAGUGCGUAAAGAUACUAAAGAACUGCAAAAACGCAAUCGCGGGCAAAGGGAAGGACGGAAAAGUGUUCGUGAUAGAUGUAGUGUUGGACGAGACAAACAAACAAGACGAACUGACCGAAACUAAGCUUCUUUUCGACAUUCUGAUGAUGCUCGUCGUUAACGGACGACAAAGAACCGAGAAAGAAUGGGCGAAAAUGUUCAAGGACGCUGGUUUUAGCCACUACAAGAUCUCACCAUUACUUGGUGUUAGGUCUUUGAUUGAGGUUUACCCUUGAAGAACAACAAGAAGAAGGAAAAACAACUAAUCUUGAUUUGGUUGUUUUGUUUCUCUCAUGAUCUAUUUUAAAUAAGGCAUUAUUAGUAUAAUGUCAUCUACGUAUGCUAUGUUGUAUUUCAAUUAUGUUUUUAAUUUGUAUCUUUAUUUGGUCUGUAUUGUGUGUUGUUGAAUUGUACUAUUUUCUUCACGUGUUUUCAAUAAAAGCUUUUUCUAUA